AUGGACAAAGAUAACGCCAACCCCACCAUCUUGACUGCAGCUCAAUUACCCACAAGACAACAUCAAAAAAGGAAGAAGGCACUUCGAAAUGACUUUGAUACUGGCCUAAUGGCCGAAAUCAUACGCAAGCCCUCAUAUCUUUCGGGGCCUUUCAGCGAUACGCCAUGGUCUGAUGAAGAUGAAACCGAGGAUGACUUCACCGAUGAGCCCAUCGAUGAGCAGGAAAUUUAUGAUUUGAUAUCCAAUAUCACCGAUCCAGAGCAUCCCAUUUCACUUGGUGAGCUCGCCGUGGUCAAUUUACCAGAUAUCUACAUUACUCCAUCGCCUUCUAUCAAGGUAGACACAAAUGCUCUUUCAACAGUACUCGUUAAAAUCACGCCUACUAUUACACAUUGCUCGUUGGCCACUGUCAUUGGCCUCGGUGUGAGAGUCCGUUUGGAAAAGGCUCUACCACCUAAUUACCGUGUUGAUAUCAUGAUCAAGGAGGGAACACAUAGCCAGGAUGAUCAGGUCAAUAAGCAACUCGCUGAUAAGGAAAGAGUCGCUGCAGCUCUGGAGAAUGACACUCUCAAAGGAGUACUCGACAAAAUGCUGGAGACAUGUGUCUGA